AUGGUUACCCCGGGCCCAGAGUCGGGCGAUGCCGGUCGGUUGCGGGAAAUGUUUCGAGUCGGUGUGGUUGGCCAAAAGACGCUGGUCUUCGAGGGCAUUAUCCCUCUGGCCCUGCCAUCGGGUGACCCCCGAGUUAGCAAUUUCAUCGGAGAAACAACAAGACUGCAGCAAGCCGAAGCGUCUCAAAGUCUGGCACUGCCUGUUUAUUGGUACAACAAGAUGGUAGUGCGUGGAGGUACAUAUGUUUUGUUGGUGUUGAGUGUUGCACAGUGCCCCAUGUUGUGGAAUCGUUCCAGAAAGAUGCAGGUUGAGGAUCUAGAUCUUCAGUCAUGUCGGCCGGCUGGAGACGAAAUGUUGUUUCGUUACCCCAAGAUAGAAACCGAUGAAAGUACGGGUAUGCGCUUCGAACAGGACGCGGAGAUGGGCAGGAGCUGGAAGUGCAAAUCAAGGUGGAAAGAGUCGACCAAUGAAGUCACAAUUCGCGAACUUGUCGUCCCGUGA